CAUAAUCAAAGCUAUACAGGUGUCCAGAAAAUGAAAGAAAGUUAAGAGAGAAAAAGAAAAAAAGAAACAGAAAAAGAUGAGAGAAUUCAUGUGAUGUUGGGGGUGCUUUGAUUUGAGCUUUUUAUUGGUUGUUGAUUAGAUUUUGUUUGUGUUGCUUGUUUUAGUGGUGUUAUCACUAUCAAGCAAGCUAUAUCAACAAAGAAUAAAUCCAAAAAAAAAAAAACUGAGGGAAAGUGAUCAUCUUGGAGAUCUGGGUUCUUUUUUUUCAGCUUUUAAUGGAAAAAAUGAUGAGGUUUCAGUAUAAGCCUGUUAGAAGACAAGAAGCCAUUGUUGGGUUGUUUGUGUUGCUUUUCCCAGUUCUUUUGCCUUGUUUUUUUGCUUCAUUCAGCCAUGCUUCCCCUUCAACAUUCUUGGAGUGGAGUGUUCCGAAACCUCGACAUUUACAGUUACUCUCGAGUGCCUUACAACGUGAAAGUUCUGAUGGAGAACCGACUGAUCUUUGGGCUCCUUUGGCUGACCAAGGGUGGAGACCAUGUCUUGGUGGAUCCGUAAACGCCCCACCGUUGCCCCAGAAAUCUGAAGGAUAUCUUCAGGUCUUUCUUGAUGGAGGGCUUAACCAGCAAAGAAUGGGGAUAUGUGAUGCGGUUGCCGUUGCUAAAAUAUUGAAUGCAACACUUGUGAUCCCGUAUCUCGAAGUAAAUCCGGUUUGGCAAGAUUCAAGCUCAUUCAUGGAUAUAUUUGAUGUGGAUCACUUUAUUAAUGUAUUGAAGGAUGACAUAUCGAUUGUCAAAGAACUACCUGAUGAUUUCUCUUGGAGCACAAGAGAGUAUUAUGCCACUGCUAUUCGACCAACCCGAAUUAAACGAGCACCUGUUCAUGCAUCUGCAAACUGGUACCUCGAGAAUGUCUUGCCUGUACUUCAGAGCAAUGGGAUUGCUGCAAUUUCUCCGUUUUCUCACCGUUUGUCUUUCAACAACUUGCCGAGUGAAAUCCAGAAGCUACGUUGUAAAGUCAACUUUAAAGCACUUGUUUUUGUUCCGCACAUUCGAGCACUUGGAGAUGCCCUUGUCCAUCGCCUAAGGUAUCCUCCUACUGAAAGUCAACCACUUAUUACCGAUGAUCUCACUGGGACCACUGAUCGAAAUGUUAAACAAAUGCCACAGAAAUUUGUAGUGGUACACCUUCGGUUUGAUAAGGAUAUGGCGGCUCAUUCGGCCUGUGAUUUCGGUGGGGGUAAAGCUGAAAAACUGGCUUUGGCCAAGUACCGACAAAGGAUUUGGGGAGGGAGGGUUCUCAAUUCUCAGUUUACCGAUGAAGAGUUGAGAAGUCAAGGUCGUUGUCCGUUGACUCCUGAAGAAAUUGGACUGUUGCUAGCAGCUUUGGGUUUUGAUAAUAGUACCCGUCUUUAUCUUGCUUCCCACAAGGUAUAUGGCGGGGAAGCUAGGAUUUCCACCUUACGAGAUCAAUUCCCGAAGAUGGAAAGCAAAAAGAGCCUUGCCUCUUCAGAGGAAAGGGUCCUUAUAAAAGGAAAAGCUUCGUUGUUAGCAGCAGUUGAUUACUAUGUUGGUAUGCAUAGUGAUAUCUUUGUCUCGGCCUCUCCUGGGAAUAUGCACAAUGCAUUGGUCGGACACCGAACUUUCGAGAACCUGAAGACCAUAAGACCAAACAUGCCAUUGUUAGGGCAACUCUUCCUUAACAAAAACAUUACUUGGUUGGAAUUCCGUCAAGCAGUGGUGGAAGGUCAUCAAAACAGACAAGGUCAACUCCGGUUAAGGAAACCGAAACAAUCCAUAUAUACAUAUCCGGCUCCGGAUUGUAUGUGCCAAGCUUAAAUCCCUAAACCUCAUUUUAUAGUUGGUAUCGUGUAGCGUAUCAAGUCGACUGUGGUAUCGAGAAUGGUGUUGUUUAGCAUUAAAUUUUUGCGGAUUGUAUUGAGUAUGGACCGCAGAGUGGGGGUAUGGAACGUAUAAAUCAUCUCGGUUUUGUUCGUUGCAUAGGUCUGCCGGUGAAGCCGUCUGUACAACUCAUUUUCGUGUUGAUUAUUACGAGAAACAUUGAUGUAUUGUGGAGGAGAUUUUGAGUGUUUACUUUGUAGUUUGCAACAUUAUAUUUGAUUUUUUUUUUUUGAAAUAAUAUAUUUGGUUUUGAUAUAGAAGUAAUUGAGUGUAAAUCUAAAGAUGGUCUUGUUGUCGUACAAUGGAAGAAAUCGUUCAUGCUGAAGAAAGGAAGUUUACUUGUGCUUGCAGGUUACUUGAAUUCAAUGCUAAAAAACAUCAUCAUCCAUCCAAGCUUU